AUGGCGCGGCCGGGCGAUGACGAGGCGGGUGCGGGGAGCGAGGGCGCGGUCCUGAGCGGAGGCGGCCGGAGACGGGCGCCGCAGCGGCAAGCGCGGCAAGCAGCUGCAGGGGGCGGCGACAACUACUGGAUGCAGGGGCCGACGAGCAGGUGGAGGAGCGGCAUGGGGUGGCUGCGGCGCAGGGGUCACACGGCCACGGCCGCGAGCACAGGCGUGGGUGCUGCGGCGGGCGACCGCAGGCGGGGUCGGCGACGGUCGAGCUUGAUCCAGGGGCGGAGCGCUGGCGAUGCGGUUUUGGCCUGUGCCCGCAGGGCACGGGGGAGGGCAGCGUGCACGCGGCGGAAAGGCGCGGGCGGACUACAGGUUGCGGCGGCGGCAGUAGACACAAGCGGGCGCGCGGCGAGGGGCAUCGGCGACGGCACGCGCGGAGCUGCGGGCGUGGUGAGCGAGCAGCGGGAGGCGGCGGGCGGGGAGAGAGAAGGAGAGGUCAGGGCCUCACCACGGGCGUAG